AUGAGACCAACACCAACCCUUCUAGCACUACGUGUUAAAGUUCCCAAACCUGAACUCGCCAGAUACACAUUCCAGGAACUAAGUUCGAUAUCGCAUCGCGACUUGCCCAACAACGGCUUUGGCAUCAAGAACUACUACAUUGCCCAAACCAAAUUCCAUCACUGGCCCGUAUACAAAAAGGUCCAAAACACCAAGAUCACCACCGAGAUUAAACGUGUGCAGGGUGAUUUACAUCAAUUGAAGCAAGAUUUGUUGCAAGCUUAUCCUCAUUUUGAAAUCAGUAUGAAUCAAAGUGCCGGAAUAGUGAAUAUCAAGGGAGAUGUAACUGAAGAAGUUACCAAGCUAUUUGAACAGGAGGUCAAGAUAUGA